AAAUUAGUUGUUAAUUAUAGUUAGUUGCCUCUUAACGUCGACAAUGUCUGCUCGCAUUUUAAAAGGGAAAGAAUUUCAUCCAAAUUUCGACAAAAUAAGUUUCGGCGAAUUUUUAUUUGAAUGCUGUGAAAAAUACGCAGACAGAAUUUGUCAGAUAGAUGGAGAUUUAGACAAAUCAGAAACUUACUCCAGUGUGAAAACAAGAAGUACUCGAGUUGCAUUGAAUCUCCAAAAAAAGGGAAUCACUUCCACCGAUGUAGUUUGCUUUUGUUCUACUAAUUCCUUGGAUAACUCUAUACCAUUAAUAGCAUCCUCAUAUUUAGGAGCGAAAGUUGUAAAUCUAGAUCCAACUCUGUCGGUUAGAAACAUUCAACAUUUGCUUAGUCUCGUAACCCCUAGAAUUAUUUUCGUGGAAGAAGAGUCACUAAAGUUGAUUGAAAAAUCUCUUAAAGGGGCUAAAUUAUCUUGCGAAAUUAUAGUUUUCGGCAAAUCCACAAAACAUGGUACUUUUGCCGAAAUGACGUUGCCUUGUGGCGACGAAAAAGCAUUCAAACCGUCAAAAACAGACAUCGAUGAUACCGCAGUCAUGUUCUUCAGCAGCGGUACUACGGGUCUUCCAAAAGCUAUCUGCCACAGUCACCGUAGUUUUUUACAAAUCGUAGAAACAUCAUUCUAUUGUGGGUACGAUUGUCGAUCCAUAUUACAUUUCACAACUAUGUACUGGAUUACCGGUAUGGCAAUUCUGGGACGGACUUUCCUGGAUGGAAGUACCCGGGUUUUUGCACGUAGCAUGGAAGGCGAAAAGACGCUCCAAAUGAUCGAAAAAUACAAACUCACAUCACUUUUCGUAGCCCCAAUUUACACCUACCAGUUAACUAACGUUCCAAAUCCAGAACGGUACGACCUUUCCUCGUUUCGUUGUUUACUGACAGGCGGUACUCCGAUGAGUACCGAUCAAUAUAAAAAACUGACACAACUGUUUCCCAAAGCGCAAGUUCUUUUUGGUUACGGAAUGUCCGAAAUAGGACUACUGUCUAUUUUUCACCCCGAAGACGACAAACAUCUCAUAGAUACUAAAGUGGGUUCUUGUGGCAAAGUCUCACCACGAACUCUUCUCAAAAUUGUUAAUCCAGACAAUGAAGAGAUCGUCGGACCAAAUCAGAAAGGUGAGCUUCGAGUGAAAUCAGAUGCUAUGAUGACAGGGUACUACCGGAACGACAGUGCUGAGUGUUUCGAUGGUGACGGUUUCCUGAAAACGGGUGAUAUUGGGUACUAUGAUGACGAUGGUUGCGUUUACGUUAUUGAGAGAAUUAAGGAAAUGUUUAAGUACCAGUCGUGGCAUAUAGUACCGUCGUCGAUCGAAGCGGUGCUUUUGGAACAUCCGGAUAUUGAAGAAACUGUUGUUUUUGGACUUCCUGGAGGUGCGGAAGGAGACGUACCUGCUGCUUGUGUGGUGCUAAAGGAUGGCUGUACUACCGACAAGGAGGAAAUUGAAAAGUUUGUGACAGAGAGGGUUUCCGACAAGGAAAAACUAAGAGGUGGAGUGAUUUUCGUUGAGAGUAUACCGAAAACGCCGACUGGAAAGUUGAUAAGGAAAGAGGCGAAGGAGAUUGCUGAAAAAUUUGUUUAAAAAAUGCGCCAACAAUAUAUGCCGACUUCCUUACUGUAUGCUAUAUUAGAAUUCAUCCCUUGUACAUUACAAACUAAUAAACUGAUACUUGUCGACCGUGUACGAUUC